AUUUCUUGAUUCCUACUUCUUUUCCCCAUGUCGGGGAUUCACAAACUAACUUCUGCGGUUACUUUUUUUUUUUUAAAAUAAAAAAACAUGUGUGUUGUUGUGUGAAAGGAAAAUAAUUAACAGCGAUGGAACAUAAAAACGUAUUGUUAUCGGCGCUGAGUGUUGGGGUGGGAGUGGGAGUGGGCCUUGGCUUGGCUUCUGGACAAAAACGGGGUGCUAAUGACAAUCCAUCCUCAAACGCCGUUAAUCCUGAGAACAUGGAGCACGAAAUGCUUCGACAAAUUAUCGAUGGCAGAGAUAGCAAGGUCACUUUUGAUCAAUUCCCUUAUCAUCUUAGAGAGCAGACACGGGUGUUGCUAACAAGUGCUGCCUAUGUCCAUUUGAAACAUGCGGAGGUUUCUAAGUAUACACGGAAUCUUGCUCCGGCAAGCCGUACUAUUCUUCUUUCAGGGCCAGCAGAACUUUACCAACAAGUGCUUGCCAAGGCUUUAGCUCACUACUUUGAGGCAAAGUUGCUUCUGUUAGAUCUAUCUGACUUUUCAUUGAAGAUUCAAAGUAAAUAUGGUUCUGCCAACAAAGUAUCGUCUUUCAAAAGGUCUACUUCAGAGUCAACUUUGGAGCGGUUAUCUGACCUAUUUGGGUCUUUAUCACUCUUUCCACAGAGGGAAGAGCCUAAAGGGAAAAUCUACAGACAAAGUAGUGGAGUGGACAUCCGGUCAAUGGAGGCUGAAGGAUCUUCUAAUCCUCCUAAGCUUCGGAGGAAUGCGUCUGCCUCUGCAAAUAUCAGUAACCUGACUUUGCAAUGCAAUCCCACAAAUUCAGCUCCUCAGAAGCACAUGACCAGCUGGCCUUUUGAUGAAAAGCUUCUCAUACAAACUAUUUACAAGGUUCUACUUUAUGUUUCAAAAACCUACCCCAUUAUUCUAUAUUUGCGGGAUGCUGACAAGUUGUUGGAUAGAUCACAAAGGAUAUAUAAACUAUUCCAGACAAUGCUGAAUAAAUUAUCUGGACCAAUUUUGAUUCUUGGUUCACGAGUUCUGGAUUCUGGUAGUGACUACAGAGAACUGGAUGAUAGACUCAAUUCCCUCUUCCCCUACAACAUAGAAAUCCGCCCCCCAGAAGAUGAAUCUUAUCUUGUUAGCUGGAAGGCUCAAUUUGAAGAGGAGAUGAAGAUGAUACAGAUUCAGGAUAACAGGAACCAUAUCAUGGAAGUUCUUGCUGCCAAUGAUCUUGAUUGUGAUGACCUGGAUUCUAUCUGUGUGUCCGAUACAAUGGUUCUCAGUAACAAUAUAGAAGAGAUUAUUGUGUCAGCAAUUUCUAAUCAUUUAAUGACUAGCAAAGAUCCUGAAUACAGAAAUGGCAAAUUGGUUAUUCCAUGUAAUAGUUUGUCCCAUGCAUUGACUAUAUUCCAGGAGGGGAAAUCCGUUGAAAGAGAUACAUUAAAAUUAGAAGCCCAAUCAGUAACAACAUCUGAGCCGAGAGAAGAAGCAGCUGUUGUGAAACCAGAAGCGAAGUCAGAGAAUCCUGCUCCCGAUGUAAAGGUCGAAGCCGAUGCAUCAAAUUCAGUGACAAAAACUGACAGCGAAAAUGCAGUUCCUGCACCCAAAGUUGAAGUUCCCCCAGAUAACGAGUUUGAGAAGCGAAUAAGGCCUGAGGUAAUACCAGCAAACGAGAUUGGUGUUAAAUUCUCGGAUGUGGGGGCCUUAGAUGAGACCAAAGAAUCACUUCAAGAACUAGUUAUGCUUCCUCUUCGAAGGCCAGAUCUUUUCUGUGGGGGCCUUCUAAAGCCUUGUAAGGGAAUAUUGCUAUUUGGACCUCCUGGCACAGGAAAGACAAUGCUAGCAAAGGCCAUUGCAAAUGAAGCUGGAGCAAGUUUCAUUAAUGUAUCCAUGUCUACAGUCACCUCUAAAUGGUUUGGUGAAGAUGAGAAGAAUGUUCGUGCUUUAUUCACACUUGCAGCCAAGGUCGCCCCAACUAUUAUAUUUGUUGACGAGGUUGAUAGUAUGCUGGGCCAGAGAACCAGAGUUGGAGAGCACGAAGCCAUGCGCAAAAUAAAGAAUGAGUUUAUGACUCAUUGGGAUGGACUUAUGACUAGUCCUGGAGAGCGCAUCCUUGUUCUUGCCGCAACCAACAGGCCCUUUGAUCUUGAUGAGGCUAUAAUUAGGAGGUUUGAAAGGAGAAUUAUGGUAGGGAUGCCGAGUGCGGAGAACAGGGAAAAGAUUUUGAGGACUGUUUUGGCAAAAGAGAAGGUGGACGAGAAACUUGAUUUUAAGGAAGUGGCAACUAUAACAGAAGGAUAUAGCGGAAGUGAUCUCAAGAACUUGUGCACAACUGCUGCUUACAGGCCUGUUAGAGAGUUGAUUCAGCAAGAGAGACUAAGAACUCUGGAGAAAAAGCAGAAAGGUGGUGAAGGACAGAAUAGCAAUGUCCAAGAUGCAGAAGAGGAAGCUCAACAGGAGAGAGUUAUUACCCUUAGACCUUUGAACAUGCGGGACUUCAUAGAGGCAAAGAAUCAGGUUUCAGCAAGCUACGCAGCUGAAGGGGCAGGAAUGAGUGAGUUAAAGCAGUGGAAUGAGUUGUAUGGGGAAGGGGGUUCAAGGAAGAAAGAGCAAUUAUCUUACUUCCUAUGAAAAUGAUACAAUAUAUAGCUGCGUCCUUCUAGUAGGUCUUGUAUUCUAUGAAAUGAAGAAUGAGGAAAACAAAUUACCAGUAAAAGUAUUAGCCACGUUCGUAGGCUGUGAAUUUUGUUGUUGUACAGCUUAUGUUAGAACCCAUAGAAUGGUACUUUCACAGUUUGUUGUAGCCAGGUCAAUGAAAGAAAAGUGGCAUUGUUUAGUGGCUUUAUUAUGAUGACGACCAUUGAAGUUCCUUUUAUGUACAAUAGAUCAACGACAAGUCAGUGAACCAA